GUUUGUGUCAACCCUAACAUAAUCUGUUACAUUGAUAAGAAACAUCAAAUCGUGAAAAUUUAACGUGAGAGCGUUUUCCAAGUAAGUCAUUCCGGCGUUUGAUUCCGUGCUUCUAUUACUUCUAACCGAUCUCAACCACUCUCCAAAAUGUCUUUAGACGAGCAAUUCGCAUCAGUUGCCGAAUCUGUAAGAAACUGGAAGAAAAAACCAAGUGACAACGAAAAUCUCGCCCUGUACUCUCUAUUCAAACAGGCCACAAUUGGUGACGUAAAUAUUGCUGAGCCAAGCGACUUGAUUGCUAAGGCAAAGUUCAAGGCGUGGACCGGUCGCAAGGGCAUCUCACAAGAUGACGCUAAGAAACAAUACAUCGCGUUGGCAGAACAGUAUCAAUCUAAAUAUGCAUAAGCCUGAUUUUUAGUUAUAAGUUAGUUAGGAAAAAAAUUUGGUUUUACAAAAUUCAAAAUUCUGGAAUAUUCUGUUUCUCUGGUUCAAACUAUUUUUUAAAUUAAAUGGUUGUGUGAUAUUAUUUUUUGGCAAGAUAAGUUUUUGUAAGUUUAUAAAUAUAUUUUAAAACAACCUGA